UAGUGUGAGCUCCACCGGUCGCCUGAUGAGGGGGGAAAAAAGAGAACAAGCCCCGCCAGUUAAAGGAAGUGUGAUUAGAACAUAACGGCGCAGUGACGCCUGUUUUACAGACGGACUGAUUGUGCAGGAUGCCGCCGCAGCGAGUGUUACCUCUGCCGAGACAGCAAUCUCUGCUCCUACCUCCGGUCAUCAAUCCGUUCGUUCAAGACACAAAAUUAACCCAAACUGCUGUCAUUAAAUGUUUCCUGUUGGGAAUCUUUCUGGUGCCUAUUCGGGUCAUCCUGAUGUCUCUGGUUCUGAUGGUGACUUGGCCAGUAGCCUUCAUGAUCACCUUCAAUCAACCUCUGAAAGGAGCAGUGGAGCCAAUGUCAGGCUGGAGACGGUUCAUGUGUAAAAGAGUGAUGGCCGCCUUGGGGAGGGCCUAUUACUUCUCGAUGGGUUUCAGAGUCGUGGUAAAGGGGAAACAAGCAAGCAACAUCGAGGCCCCCAUUCUGGCUGUGGCCCCCCACUCCACUUUUUACGAUGGGAUUGCGUGCGUUGUAUCUGGCCUGCCCUCCACAGUCUCUCGGGUUGAGAACCUGGCUACGCCCAUCUUUGGCAGGUUUGUCCGCUGUCUCCAACCAGUGCUGGUCUCUAGAAAGGACCCAGACUCCAGGAAGAACACAAUACUGGCAAUCGAAAGUAGAGCUAAGUCUGAGGGCCGAUGGCCGCAGGUGCUAAUAUUUCCAGAGGGAACAUGUACAAAUCGCUCAUGCCUCAUCACUUUUAAACAAGGUGCCUUUAUCCCAGGGGUCCCUGUGCAGCCUGUUCUUAUUCGAUAUCCAAAUAAACUGGAUACAGUGACCUGGACUUGGCAAGGUUUCGGCUCGAAGAAGCUGCUGCUGCUAACAUUGUGCCAGCUCUACACCACAGUGGAGGUUGAGUUCCUGCCACCCCACGUUCCCACAGAGGAGGAGAAGAAAAGCCCUGCUCUGUUUGCCAGCAGAGUGAGAGACACUAUGGCCAAGGUUUUGGGUGUUCCAGUAACAGACCACACUUAUGAAGACUGUCGCCUUAUGAUCUCAGCUGGAGAACUAACCCUCCCCAUGGAGGCUGGUCUGGUGGAAUUCACCAAGAUUAGUCGCAAACUCAAUCUAAAAUGGGACAGUGUGAAAAAAGAACUUGAGGGUUUUGCAGCCAUGGCCUCCUCCUCCAAGGGAGGACGCAUCACCAUUGCGGAGUUCGCAGAGAUCCUGAAACUGCCUGUUAACCCUGUUCUUGAGGAGCUGUUUGCGUUAUUUGACAGGAACGGGGAUGGCACCAUUGACUUUAGGGAGUAUGUCAUCGGUGUCAACAUCUUGUGUCGACCAGCAAACACUGAAGAUGUUUUAAAAAUGGCUUUCCAGCUAUUUGACACAGAUGAGGAUGGCAAGAUCACGCUUGAUGAGUUUAACGCUCUGCUGCGUUCAGCUCUGGGUGUCUCAGACCUUGACAUGACCAAGCUCUUCAAGGAGAUUGAUGCAGAUUCUUCUGGUUUCAUCACCUUUAAUGAAUUUCAUGCUUUUGCCUCGAGUCAUCCUGAGUAUGCCAAACUCUUCACGACUUACCUGGAGCUUCAGAGAUACCAAGCGAUUCAAGAGGCGAUGCCGGGAGAUCUGGAAUUAACCGGGCAGAUCCAAUCAGGGGAAACAAGAGAAGACAGCCAAUCUGACAAAAAAGAUGACUGAUACUACUGUAAACUUUACUUAAUUGCACUGGCAUAAAAAAAACAUAUACACGGCUACCACAUGCCAACAUGUUGCCUUUCGAGUAGAAAAUGAAAGCGCUUGGUUUAUUUUAAGUGCUUUUAUUUAUUUUUUUUUAAAUAGUGCCUUAUAGAGUUUAAAUAAAGUCCUCAAAUGCAGAGUGAUAGGAUAAAUGGUGUGAAAUAAAAAAUGUGUCUAUUAGAAAUAAUUUAUAUCCAGGAGCAAUUAGUCAGUUCUACUGUGUUAUGUACUUGAAUCUUGUUUUUAAGCUUGUUUUCUUAGCCUCAUUCUUUCUUGCACUGUUACCUUGUCGUUUGUUUUUGUGGUUUGUAUUUACAUAAGAAAAAAAAUGCCUAACAAACACAUCUUUAAUUAUGAGAAAAGAGUCCCAUUGCUGCUUUGUUGCUUUAUAAUUAUUGUUUAGUAAGCUGUCGUAAGAGCUUUUCCAGCCUGUAGAGCCAUUCUUACAUUCUUUACUAAAGCUAUGUUUACAAUAAGCAUAGAUGCUGCGCCUUACACUUUUUUACAGCGCUAAGGGACAAAAACAUUGUAAGAUGCCCGUGUAAUUAGCCUGAAGUUUGCUCUGCAUGUCUACCUAUUUGCAUUUCUGGUGAAGACAGUUGUUGCUGAGACAGCACUGUGCCUGUGCUGCUUUAACUUGACUGAAGCAAAUCAAGCAUUGAAAAUAGGGCAAUUUGUGAGCAAAAAGCUAACAGUGCUUCUUCUCAGCAGCAUAUUCCUGUGGGGUAUAAAGCUUUGAGUCUAACAAGCCACAUUGUUUUUUAGUUAGCAGAGCGGUUUGCAAAUCAUGUAAACUCCUUUUUUUUUGGAAUAUUGCACACGUUGCCUUUUUAAGAUUAAAUGAGAACAGAAUGGUAGUGCAUUCUUUGUCUUCUUUAUUACUGUUUGUGGUAUUCUUUCACUGAGAAACUUAUAAUUACUGGUUCAACGGGCCGCAGGUGUGAUGAUGUUUCUCUAAAACUACCACAAGGUGCCAGUAGUUAGCUGUUCUUGGUGAAGUGUAUCAAUCCAACUCUGGAGUUUUAAUAAUGUUUAUUGUGAGUUUAUUGGAUUUAAUCUGACAAAUGUUCUUGUAAAAUAAGAAUUAAGGUCUGCAUUUCUGGUGUUUUCCUGAUUAAUCACAAUUAGAAUCUUUUUGUGAAAAUAGAUGU